AUAUAGAACAUAAUAGAACACAUUAAGUUUCAAGGAGGUACGAUGGGAAUUUGUUCGUCAAGUUUACCGUGGGAGCAACCGACCUCGGACGGUGGCUCGUAUGGUGACGACAAUGAGAGAAAACCCAAUGUUUCGAAAAUGGUGAGAGGAGGAGGCAACAUACUUCCCAGCGACACAGCUGAUGUCCGCCCCAAGACUGGGGAGGAAGGGGAAGAAGAAUUACCUCAGGGGAAAUUCGUGAACGGGAAUCUCGGUGUUGUGGAGCCGGAUUACGUGGUGCAGCUGCAAAAAAACCUCGCCGACGGGGAGCUGUUCGAAGACCCUGACUUCCCAGCGGUGAUGGAGUCGGCGUUCUUCUCGAGCCGUCGCUCCACCACCAUUGAGUGGCGGAGACCGAAGGAGCUGGCAGAGAAUCCUCAACUGUUUGUGGACGGCAUCAACAGAAGAGACGUCGUACAAGGCUCGCUAGGAGACUGUUGGUUCCUGUCAUCUUGCUCUGCUGUAGCCAGAGAAAAGAAGCUCAUUGAAAGAGUGUUGGAUCCAAAUCAAGCACUGCACGGAGACAAGCACACAGGUCUAAUCGUCUGCAAGUUCUGGCGUUUCGGCAGCUGGGCGACGGUGUGCAUUGACGACCGCCUACCCACGCGGGGCGGCAAGCUGCUCUUCGCUCGCAGUUCCGAUGACAGCGAAUUUUGGGUGGCGCUCCUCGAAAAGGCCUACGCAAAACUUCACGGUUCGUACGAAGCCAUGGAAGGUGGACAAAGCAUGGACGCUAUGGUGGAUCUCACUGGAGGUCUCGCCGAGCGCCACGAUUUCGACGAGAAAGCAAAUCUUCAGAAAAUUUUCAAGCACAUGUACAAGCUUUUGCGCAAUGGAGCUUUCAUUACCUGCUCACGAAAGGGCGAUUGGCGCAUGGCGUACAAAACAGACGAGAACGGCCUCGUGGAAGGCCACGCGUACACGGUCACGGCGGUGACACGCGUGCGUCACAAAGACCUCGGAACCGUCAACCUCGUCAGGAUCAGGAACCCCUGGGCCAACGAUGCCGAAUGGAAGGGAACAUGGGGGGAAAACGAUCGCGUUUGGGAAGGCGUGUCAGAGACGCAACGAGCGAAGCUGCGUCAGCAAGAGCAGCAUGGCGACGGCGAGUCGUGGAUGUCGUACGAAGAUUUCGCGAAGCAGUUCGAGGAAGUGAGCAUCUGCAUGAUGGGACCGGACUUUGACGCUGACGGCGACACGGACAGAGUUGAACGGACUCGCGACAUCCAAGGAUCUUGGCGAGCAGGAAUUAACGCGGGGGGCUGUCGUAACAACUUCGAGCUUUUCUCCACGAACCCGCAAUAUCUACUUCAAAUUAUCGACACUGGCAGUAAUAGUUUGAACGAAGAAGACCUCGAUGACGAGGAAGAUGAUGCAGAAAACAACGGCAAAGCCAAUGUCCUGGUAGCGCUAAUGCAGGAGCACCGACUAUCCAUAAAGGACACGGGAGUGAAGAUGUACCAAAUCGCCGUGGUCAUCUACAAGACGGCUGACCCCGACCACAGGCUCCCGAAGAAGCACUUCAUGUACAACUACGAGGUAGGAACGUCAGGAGUUUACAUCAACUACAGGGAGGUUCUGGCCAGGCUCGAUCUGGAACCUGGAUACUACGUGAUCAUUCCAGCAACUUUCGAGCCCCAGUGCGUCGGAGACUUCAUGAUCCGUGUGUUCUCUGAUGGCAAUUUCACUUUAAAAGAACUAGUGUGAUGAGAUAUAAGUGUUGAGGAUAAUUUGCAAACAACAAAUUAUACAGUUAAAAGACACCCGAAUAGCCGAAAUUGGAUACAUGCACGUGAUAUUCCUAGAAGUGCUAACUGACGGGUUUGUUGCUAUUUCAAACUGAUAGUUUGUUAUUUUUUUAUUUUUUUUUAUAGUUCCCAGAAUUUCUUGUUGUCGUGUCCCUCUCUAAAAAUUACCGCGUACCGAGAACAAGGCAUAUUUGUUGCAAAAAAUUAGUAUACGUUGCAUUUUAUUUAUUAUCCGCUAAUGAUGAUCGCGUCGAGUACGAAUAAUGUUUGAAUUUAAUUAACGGUUGCCGAUGGAACCUGGUUGAAGACGUAGAGCGGAAGAAGAAUAAUCUAAUUCCAGCCAGAUUAUCUUUUGUUACUUAGUGAACAUUUUUUUAUGUAAUGGAUUACUAAAAGUAGUUCGUGUCGAUUGAGUUUCAUGACCUCGAAAGUGUUCGCGAAUCACAUUCUGGAAGCUACUGCGUUAAUGAUUCUACUUAUGAAAGUUGAAACUUUUCAAAUUAUUUCAGUCUGAAUUAUUGAAAUCAAACUUAUAGUAGUGUGCCAUUUUCAGAAUUUAACGCUAAGAGUCUAAUAGUCUAAAUCGAGGCUGGAUGCCAAAUUGUAUCUUAGUGGAUAAUUUUUAGACUUAGCCAAAGGUAUUAUGUAAAGAUAAUAAUUUGAUUGCAACUAACAUUACGUAAGCACAAAAAAUAUAGAACGCGUUGAUCACAAUUCACUUUAAAUUUAUCACUUCGUUAAGAGUCGACAUUGUUUCUUCAUUAGUUGUCUUAGUGAUCAUCAAUGUAAGCUUACAUUCGCCAUUUAUUUACUUCAUUAAUUUAACAGGCAUCAUUCGUUUAUCUAAAUCCUUUGAUUUGCAUUACACGUAUUAUAAGAAGACUGACUCAAUGAAAUUUCUCUAAGCAUUGAAGAAUACGUCAUUUCAAACGAUGAUUAUUCAAACAUAUAUAUUCGCUACGUAAUGUUUAUUGUCAAUAGAAUAGCUGGGAUGCGAGCUCUUGUAGAUGACGAGCUAAUGCACAAAGAGGGACGCUAUUGUGCGUCCAGUCAGUUCAACUACAAAUUAAUGUAUAUCAGUUAUUUACGGUUUUCGAUGAUUUUUAUAGUCAAGAGGUGAUUUAAAUCAUAACUAUGAAGAUCUAUAAUCGAUAAAUUUUCGUUUAUUCUGAAUCUUGCUCUAUUAUCGCAUGACAUUUAAAGAUUCUCGUCUGACAUUUGAUGAUCAUAACGGCGGCGUUUUUGUGCUCUCAAUCUCGACCAGAAAAUAAGAUUGUUUCACUCGAAACUGAUGCGGAACACGAAACUUUGUCAAUUAUGAAUCAACCGACACCUUGCAUGAUAAUUUAAUCUGUGAUACCUUCUACAGGCUAGAGGCAACUUUGUCUCUAGCUAGAAGUAAGUGAAUGGAAAGACUUUGUUUACUAAUAAUACUGUGAUCCAUCCUAUACUUCAUACCAUGUUGACGGGUAAGAUUGUGAAAUGCUGGCCUAGUGUAUCAAUGAUGUUAGAUGUUAUUAGUUGCCUAUCUGCUGGCGUGCAUAUCAAGUUAUCAACAGCGUUUUCUAACGAUUAUCUGCUGACGUGCAUAUUAACAGCGUUUUCUCACGAUUAAAAGCUUUUAUCAAUUUUAUAAAUACCCUAUCUGCAAUAAAGUCAGUCACCACUGGACUCAUUUCAGCGCCUGUCAGCAAAAACUAUAUAAUUGUGGUCUAUGUAACUUUGUGGCUCAGAUAUGUAACUUUAUGGCUCUGGGUAAAACACAAAAUGUGUGGAAUCUUGUUUUCAGGAGAGUAUAUAAUUUCGUUUGUAAGAUAUAACGUUUCUAUAGAAUAAGUAUUAAAGUAGUAGCUUUUCUAGCGCUUCAGAAAAUCUAUUCUAUUGCAUGACGCAGACCUGUGAAGUGAAUACUGUAAACUCGAGUGCCAUUGACGGUAGGCACGCUAAAAUAAUCAAAUUUUUUCCAUCAUUCUAGUAAGCGUGUUCGAGCAGUUUUCCACGCAAGUGUUCCGAUUUUUAUCAGGUCUUUACCAUGGAGUCUAAACACGAGCGUGUUCUUCGACGAAAAAAUUUUCA